AUGGCUUGUACAUCGACCCCCACGCUUGAAUCGAUACUUCAUAACCGAUCGACUGAUCAUUAUCGAGAAUUUGCAGCCUUUGUACAAGAAACCUUUUGUACAGAGAACUUGUCAUUUUGGCUUGCGAUCCAACAUUAUCUUGACCUAUGUCAUCGAUUGGGAUAUGGGUCAUUAGAGAGUCUAGACGAUGCGAUUGUGCUGAGCAAAAGCAACGCCCUAUUCCGAUUCACGGUACACGAACGAGGGAUCAUCGAUAACAAGGCGUUUGCGGAAAUCCAGGGAGCAUGCCACGCCAUCCUUUAUAACCAUAUUCGACCCAACUCGCCACAAGAGAUAAACAUUCCUUGCGAGAUGCGACAAGAGAUCUUGCAUUUAGUGCAAGAAGAUGGCAACUAUCACCCUGCCGUCUUUGCAGCAGCAACCGAAUCGGUGGUGGAGCUGAUGCGAGCCAACUCGUUUAUUCCUUGGACACAACGAAAUCAACGCUCAAGCUUUUCUUCAGUGAGAUCCAAUGAUGAUCAAGCCUUGUCAGUCUUUCGAAAAAUGAAACGUUCUUUAUUUGGUGGUUCAUCCACAUCAACGUUGGUACGCCCUUAUCUCUCUGCUCCAAGCACACCUCGCUCAUCGGGCGAUUCGUUGCGUUGGUCGCCAUGGCGUAAAUUGCAACCACGAUGA